AUGGCUCGCUGUAUUCUGAUUCUCUUCUUCACUCUACUCCUCCUCGUUGUCUCCGCCUCCGCGCACGGCGGAGAUAAUGACUCAGAUUCCGACUCAGGCUCGCCGGUGGAUAAGCCGAACCUGAGAUCUCGGUCUCUGAUUCUGGUGAAAAUAUGGUGCCUGAUACUGGUGUUUGUUGGGACUCUUGUCGGGGGGAUUUCGCCUUACUUCAUGAAGUGGAACGAGGGCUUUUUGGUUACUGGGACGCAAUUCGCCGGUGGGGUUUUCUUGGGGACUGCUUUGAUGCAUUUCUUGAGUGAUUCUAAUGAGACUUUUGGUGACUUGACUGAAAAAGAAUACCCUUUUGCAUUUAUGUUGGCGAGUGCUGGAUAUUUGUUAACUAUGCUGGCUGAUUGUGUUAUUUCUUAUGUUUGUGGGAAACAGAAGAAUGUUUCUGCUUAUAAUCACACUGAAAUCCAAGGUUCUCACGAUGAAAAAGGCUCCGUUGACAGAAUACCUUCCCAGUCGCAGUCGCAGGUUGAGACUGGCGCCGAAGAAAAUCUUGCUAAACAUUCCCUCACGAGUGCAACUUCACUCGGGGAUAGCAUCUUGUUAAUUGUUGCACUGUGCUUUCAUUCCGUGUUUGAGGGCAUUGCGAUUGGAGUAGCCGAGACAAGAGCAGAUGCCUGGCGAGCCCUCUGGACCGUCUGUCUACACAAGAUAUUUGCUGCAAUUGCUAUGGGUAUAGCUCUUCUUAGGAUGAUUCCAGAUCGCCCCCUCUUAUCUUGUGUAGCUUAUGCUUUUGCAUUCGCCAUAUCAAGUCCAAUCGGUGUUGCCAUUGGAAUUAUAAUAGAUGAAACGACGCAGGGUGCUGUAGCAGACUGGAUUUACGCUAUAUCAAUGGGUCUGGCUUGUGGGGUUUUCAUCUAUGUAUCCAUUAACCAUUUACUGUCCAAGGGUUAUAAGCCUCAAAAACCAGUUUCAGUCGAUACACCACACCAUAAGUUUCUGGCUGCAUUGUUGGGUGUCGGGGUUAUUGCUGUUGUAAUGAUUUGGGAUACUUAG